AGCGGUUGGGGGUGUUUGUUUAAUUUGUUUGUUUAAUUUUAAUAUGUACCACUGUAGCAGUAGAAAUUGCAUUUUAAACAAAUAGGAGAAUGGAUAAAUUAGCAUUAUUUAGAGGACCCCCUCCCCAGUUGUACUUUGUUGCAUUUAGGGGGAUUCGUGUCUCAUUCAGGGGGCCUGAGAACCUCCUGGGCCCCUUGUAAUUCACACUCUGCUCCAUGCCCACAAUUCUUGCUUUUAGGAACACUCCACUACUCCUGCAAACAUGAUUAUUUGAUGAUAUGGUCUCAGUUUCCCCAUUAUCCUUUAGUGAAUACGAUCUGACACUGAAUAAUUCAGCUGUGAUAGCUAAAGACAGACAGCAGGUAGAGGUAGGCUGAUCUCAAGCAGUCCAUGGAACACUCCCGUAUCAUAUCAGCUCCUUGUUCAGGUAGAUACAUUAUAUAGGGUCCUUAGGGUCUCAGGCGGAUUCUCAAAGUCACAUCUUUCAGCAGGAGAACCAUGGAGGAGCUCCAGAGGAAACUGGACAAGAGGUAUGACAGCGAUCAGCUGUAUGACAGCAAACCCAGAAAGGUGAGGUUCAAGCUGGCCUCGUCGGUCAGUGGCAGAGUGCUGAAGCAUGUGUACGAGGAUGGCCAGGAGCUGGACAGCCCAGAGGAGAAAUACCCCCACAGCUUCCACAGCCACAAGAUGCCCAGACACCUGGAGAUGGAGCAGCUCUGUGGCUUCCAGGACAUGCAGGACCAGGGUCUGUACCCCCCUACCGGACUGAUGGCCCAGAGGAUCAACGUCUACAGGGGGGGGGCUAACUACAGACCCUCUGCCCACAGCGAUACACCGGAGGGAGUCCCCAAUUCUUCAGUAUUGGACUUCGGAAAGAUAAUAAUCUACACCAGCAAUCUGCGGAUCAUCCGGGCCCCUCGGAGGGAAGAAGGAACGGGGCGACAUCCUCAGACCCCGGGGGGAGUGGACGAGUACUCACAGGGGCGUAACAGAGGGGGCAAGAGGAGGCCCAACGCCCUCUGUGCUCACGGGGAGGAGCAGAGCACACAUCCACAGGACGGGGAGGAGCAGAGCACCCAUCGACAGGACGGGCAGGAUGCAGUGUCUGACUGCCAGCAUUGUGGAGGUUCGGGCAGUGCUCCCUGCUCUCUAUGCCAUGGCAGUAAGCUGUCCAUGCUGUCCAACCGCUUCAAUGAGUCUAUCAGUGUGCUGCGAUGCCAGGCCUGCUACCCUGAUGGCCUGGAGAGGUGCCAGUCCUGUUCCAAAUAACACCAACCACUGGCUGUGUGUGUGCCCAUUGUCUCUCCUGAUGUAAUAGCACUGUAAUAUAAAAUGGUUAUGAUGGUUAUGGGAGCACUGCAUAUGUUUUUGUAAGGAAUCAGAAUCCAAUUGUUGGAAGGGAAGGAGGCUACCAUACGUGCAGCUGGCUGAACCAUAGAGAACAAAGACACAUGAUAAGACAACAAAAUCACUCUAUUGGUGGUAGGUGGUGCAUCUGAGUCUCUGCAAAGAUAACAUGAACUUCCAACUGGUUUCAUGAUGACUUAUCAUUUUAAUUAAAAUAAUGUAAAACCAUUGCAUUUUAUCCACAAGGGAAGCUGUCCUAUCAUCCCCACAUUCACCAGAGAGAAAACCGCUUUUAUAUCCCAUGUUAGGCCUAUAUAUAAGGCUAAUUGAUGCUUUCAUUUGGAGAGAGGGGAAGACUUUCAAUAAAUUAUGGAGAGGCUUUUGGGCAGCUCUGGAGGUAGAAAGAAAUGAAUUAGUGUUUUAUCUUCCUAAUGCUGAGGUAAUUGCUUCCAGAGUUGUCUUGGUGAGAAUGAAUAAAAUGGACACAUGCCUAUUGGCUCUUCUUUUUAGUCAAUGAAGGAAUCUACUUAUACUCAUAGAAACAUAAUUAAUAGAAUGGGUGUCCAUUCAAAUUGCCAGGGUUAGAGGUUCCAAGCCCGUUCUAUUCAUUCUAUUUCUAUGUGUAUACCCCCAAAUGUAUAGCCUUCUGUUUUUACUAGUAUAAAAUGGAGAUACAUGAUGAGUGAUUCAGCAAAUAUCCCUGAGAGAAGUUAGCAGAUAUACAGUUGUUGCUGUGGCUUUCUUUUUGGCUUUAUCUCAGCUGAACACAUACUUUACCAUAGUCACAAAAAUGCUUUCUUUCCUCUCUUUUUCCAAAGAGCUGGUCUCGCUCGUUCUCUCUCAUCUCCUGUGUGGGGUGGGGGAUAGUACUGCAUCAAAGCUUUGAGUUGCUGCUCUUACAUGGAUCCAUCCUGCGGCACGGAGCGCUAGCUUCAACAAUCCUGCGAGGUUCAACCCUCAGCCUUUCAUAUCAGAACAGGAAAACUGGCAGCUGGAAAUCUCUCAUCAGAUGGUAGAUCGCUUGGGUUCAUGUGCUGUGUGCAUUCGUGAACUGUGCUGCUCAUUUCACAUUCCAAGUUAUUCCAAUUCAUUUGAACAUUCAUGAAUAAUUUCUAGUCAUUAUAUGGAGUUUUUUCUCUCCAAAUGUAGUCUGUUUAUAACCAAACAUGGGAAGAUGUCUUUAUGCUCUAUUUGUGAGGGUUUCCUUCUGUUCUCAAUCGGCUAAACUAUGUGUAUGCAACACCUUCCUUAUUCACACAUAGAAAAGUGUGAAGUGGGUAAAUAUUCACAAGUUUACAGCCUCCCUCAUCACUGGUGAUAAUCAGAUAGCUUAUGCACGUGUGAAGCAAAGUUUCAAAUGACCCAUGUUAAGAUGGCUUGUUAUUAAAAAGACUUCAGAAAGUACUGAAAAAGUAAACAUGGUGUUGUUUGUGCUGGAAUGUGGCCAAAGAGACUCCGCUCAGACUAGUUUCUUGGAUAAUUUUGUUUUGUCCCUUAUGUUUCUUAUGAUAGUCCUCUGAGGCCUUGUUUGUUGUUUGCUGUACACACA